AUGGAACCCAGCUUUCCGCUCAGGGUCCCGCCGACCUGCCGCAGAUGCGGAAAGCCCUGCACAAGAAAACCCACCAACGACGUCAACACAAACGGCAACCCAGGCCGUCCCUACUACACCUGCGUCUCCCACUCGAGCAGGGUCUUCGGCUGCUUCGACGACGCCAUCGGCGUGUCCCGCGACAACCCGCCCUGCCAGUGCGGGUACGUCAGUCGCCGAACCAGGAGGAACGAUGGCGAGUCGCACUUCUUCUCCUGCCCCGUCGGUAGAUGCGGCUGGAGCUUGACCGACGACACGCCGGAAGACACCCCCUCGCCGGAGGUCUUGGGCAGCCCCAGCAGC